CCGGCCGCGGUCGUGACCUGUGCGCCAUGCUGGUGAUGGAGGAGAUCGCGCCCGAAGGAGGGGUGCGGGGGGAGGUCGUAGCCCACCCGGCGCUGGGCCAGGCGGCACGGCCGCCGCCCUCGUGUCGUCGACGCCUCUUCGCGGCGACGUGCCCAGACUCCGACAGCCGACUGCUGCGGGAUGAGCUGCAGGCCAUCUACGAGCGCCAGCGGCUGCGCUGGAACUUUGACUUUGAGCGGGAGGAGCCGCUGCCGGGCCGCUAUCAGUGGGAGUACGUGGGCGGCGACCGGCAGCGGGCAUUCCCGACAGGACGGAAGGCCGGCAGAGGGCCAGUCAGUGACCUGACCCCCGCCGCUGCCGACCAGACCUCUCCAGCCGCUGACCUCGCCUCGUCGGCUGCUUCUCCGUCCGCCGUGGCCGAUCUGACCUCUCCCGCUGUCGACGUCACCUGUCCGGUCGCUGACCUGUCCUCCCCGGCUGCUGACCUUCCCUGUCCGGCCGCAGACCGGACCUCUCCGGCUGCUGACGUCACCUGUCCGGCUGCUGGCCUGACCUCUCCAGCUGCUGGCCGGCGCCACCCACCAGCUGAUGCACCGGCUUCAGAUAGGACGCUGCGUCAGCAACACAUCACAGAUUGUCUGAGGACCAGGAGGCAGCGUCAGGCGGGGUCACCGCAGCCGGCUCCAUCUGACAAGAGAGCCACGUCUGAGACCCCACUGCCGACGAAGAAGCAGUGUUUCGAGGUCCCCGCGAGUGCUAACGGGGCUGAGGAGCCUCAGUAGCGUGCGCAGGCGGCGGACAGCGGCCUGGUUCCGGGAGGGUUGCGUGGACCCCAGGACCACGGCGCCAUGGCGGUCUGCUGAGGUCUGCGGGACCGCCGGCAUCUGUGACGUCACUGGUGUUGGACAGCCUGCGUCCUCCGGCUGAUGAGUGGGACGUCGCUGGCGAGCGUCAGUCCAGCUAGACGCCGGGAAGCUCCCGUGUGUUGCGUCUCUCGGCACCGGACAGUGUUGUUGGUUGGGUGGGUCGGUGCGAGCUUCAGGGCGUAUCGCUGCCCCCAGAGUCCGGGUCACCAUUAUCCCACCCGCUGCUGGGCGGGUUUCUCCGGCUCCGAACUGUGCGGAGGUGGCGACGAGAGUCUUGGUCUGACGCAUACUGUCCAUCGCCAGAGACCCGCUUCAAGCUGGUGAAUAGUGACACUGCUGGACGAAAACACCGGCGUGGAGUGGUGAUUGGUGCAUGCCCUUGGACAGUGCAAGGAGUACAGAGAAACGUGCGAAAUUGUACUAUGCGGCCCAUUGCUCUUAAGCCCUUGUGUGUACGCUGUGGUUUUUCGUAUUCAGCACGCAGAUAAACGCGCAGCACUUUUGAUUGUGAUAAUGAGACUAUGGCUUCCCAAAACAGCAUUAAUACACCGCAGGGUCAUGCGUAUCAUCAAACUAGCAAUUAUAUUGGUAUCGGUGGUUUGUCGGUUUCCGUGUACGAUUGUCUAGUCGACUGAUCUCAUGUGCGAGCGCUGCGAUUUAUUUACUUGUUGUGAAUGUUGUGGUUUGAUUGUUGCGACAUAAUUAUAUUCCUGGAAAUAUUUAAGAUAUGUUUAUGUAAUGCGCUGUACGCUCAUUUAUGGCAGAUACUCUGUUAUUAUGCAAGGACUUGUCUGAGUGGCUGCAUGGGGCGUUGUAUUGGCGAAUCCUCUGUUUCUUUAUGAACACGUGCGUUUACCGACUGCAGCUGAUACAUGACAUUUUCCAAGCACUGUUAACGCGUUUGGUUAU